CACAUGACUCCCCCUGCUGAUGUGUCUGGGUAAUCCCUCCCGGUUUUGUGAGACGUCACGGUGACGUGUCUAUAGCCGGUGCGAAGAUGUGGUUCUGGUCCCGGGACCCGGCUCGUGAUUUCCCUUAUGAUAUUACCGGUGAGAGAGAGGAAUUACCGGGAGGAUGGGGCAUUCAGAAAGGCAAAAAGAAGACUGGUGGUGACCCGGUAUCUGUCUUUACUUAUGAAAUCCAUCCUGGAACAGAAGAACAGACACAAGCUGCUAAAUCAGCCCUCAAAAGAAUCAAGACUUUAAGACACCCAAAUAUCUUAGCAUAUGUUGAUGGCUUAGAGACAGACAAAUGCUUAUACAUAGUGACUGAACCAGUUACCACUUUGGGAACGUACAUAAAGUCAAGGACUGACACUGGAGGAAUCAGUGAGCUGGAAAUUUCUUGGGGUCUCCACCAGAUAGUGAAAGCACUCAGUUUUCUGACGAAUGAUUGUAACCUCAUUCACAACAAUGUGUAUAUGUCAGCUGUGUUUGUGGACCGGGCAGGGGAGUGGAAACUUGGGGGCCUAGACUAUAUGUACCCAGCUGGUAGCGAAGAAAAUGCCCCCAAAAAAGGCCCUGAACUGGAGAAGUAUAAUCCACCUGAGAAGUCAGACCGUGCAAAGACUUCUGUCGAGAAGUGGUCUGCAGACAUGUGGUGUCUUGGCUGCUUAAUCUGGGAGGUAUUUAAUGGUCCUCUUCCCCGCCCCACUGCUCUUCGUUCACUUGGAAAGAUCCCUAAGUCACUGGUACCUCACUACUGCGAGCUUGUUGGAGCAAAUCCUAAAAUCCGUCCCAACCCUGCACGAUUCCUGCAGAACUCACGGGCUCCUGGGGGAUUCCUCAGCAACAGCUUUGUGGAAACCAAUCUGUUCCUUGAAGAGAUACAGAUUAAAGACCCAGCUGAACGUCAGGCAUUUUUUGAGCAGCUCAGUGAACACUUGGAUUCUUUUCCUGAAGACUUCUGUCGACACAAAAUCCUUCCCCAGCUGCUCACGGCUUUUGAGUUUGGCAGUGCGGGCGCUGUUAUCCUCACACCCUUAUUUAAAAUUGGUAAAUUUCUGAAUGCCGAUGAAUAUCAGCAGAAGAUCAUCCCCAUCAUUGUUAAAAUGUUCUCUUCCACUGACAGAGCCAUGAGGAUACGACUUCUACAGCAGAUGGAGAACUUUAUCCAGUAUCUAAAUGAGCCGACUGUCAACUCACAAAUCUUCCCCCAUGUUGUCCAUGGUUUUAUGGAUACAAACCCAGCUAUACGAGAACAGACUGUGAAGUCCAUGUUGCUCCUGGCUCCCAAGUUAAAUGAAAAUAACCUAAAUGUGGAGCUGAUGAAGCAUUUUGCACGGCUGCAGGCGCGGGAUGACCAGGGACCAAUCCGCUGCAAUACAACUGUGUGUUUGGGAAAGAUUGCCUCUUAUCUGAACCCUGCUACACGACAGAGGGUCUUGAUAUCCGCUUUUAGUAGAGCUACAAAAGAUCCCUUUUCCCCAUCACGUGCUGCUGGUGUCCUUGGUUUUGCUGCUACACACAAUUUUUACUCUAUGAACGAUUGUGCUGGGAAAAUUCUUCCUGUACUUUGUGGGGCCACAAUGGAUCCUGAGAAGAGUGUCCGGGAUCAGGCUUUCAAAACGAUCCGCAGUUUUUUGGAUAAACUUGAGGCUAUUUCAGAGGACCCGACACAGUUAGCUGAGCUAGAAAAAGAUGUACAUGCAGCAUCAACAAGCCCGGGUAUUGUCGGUGGAUGGGCUGGUUGGGCUGUAACUGGAGUCUCAUCCUUGACGUCUAAAUUUAUCCGCACCAGUCCUUCAGGUGGACCGGAACCUGCCCCUGCAGGUGAAACGCCAGCAUCUUCAGCAGCCCAUGCAGAAACAAGUAAAUCAGACACUACACCUGCCCCUGUUUCCACCUCUACCUCAUCUCUUACAUCCCAAUAUGUGCCAGAAGAUGAUGAAAAUGAGGUCGAUAAUAAUCCCUUAGACAGGUGGGAUGAAGAAGAUUGGGGUAGUCUAGAGGAUUCUGAUCAGAGUAAAAUACAGCCAGAAAAUGAUGACUGGGACACAACCUGGAGCCAGAGCACAAGUAAAAAAACAGCAGAGAGGACGGUUUCAUAUACAUCGUCGAAAAAUAAAGCAGAGACAGAUCACAGACUGACAGAUAUUAGGAGCCCUCCUGCAUCUGAGGACAACUGGGGGUGGGAAGAUGCCUUUCAACCAGUUUCCCAAAAAAAAGAGCAAACACAGUCCCCCUUUUUGCCACCAGAGGGCACAAGGUUAGCCAGUGACUACAACUGGGGCACAUCAGAAGCAGGUGAAAAACAUGCAGCCUUCUUCUCUGUUGUGGCUGAGAAAACCAGCCAGAAACAAUAUAGUAAUCCCAGUUCAGAAGGAGGUGGUGACUGGGGCGGAGAUGACAACUGGGAGUCUGUGGAAGCAGAGCAGGGCCUAAGCAAAGCAGAGAUUGCUAGGAAGAAGAGGGAGGAACGCCAACGAGAAAUGGAAGCUAAACGUGCUGAGCGGAGAGCAGCCAAGGGACCCCUGAAACUUGGAGUGAGAAAACUGGAUUAAAAAGAGUAAAGAAACAGUAAAACCAGAGAUGGGGACAAGCCAUCAGUAAAGAAUGGACACGGUCAGAGAUUUCAUAAUAUUUAUGUUGUAUAAAUUUUUAUCUUACAUACAAUGCUGUAUAUUCACAGCUGAAGAAUAAAAGGACAUUUUCCAAACCAGAAUUUAUCGCUUCUGUAAUUCCAUGUACAUAUAUAAUAAACUCCAAUAAAAAUGAAAUCUAGCCCUG